AUCCUUGUCUCCAUCAAAAAUCCUCUAUAUAACUAUCUUAUCUUCAUCUUCAUCUUCUCAACCACAACAUUUUUUUGCCCAUCAAAAAAAAAAAAAGAAACAUUUUCCAAUUCAAAGUUUUCCAUCAAAAUGAUAAAACCUACAUUUCUCAUCUUCCUUCUCCUCUCACUGACCCAUUUGACACAUAGCGGAAUCGUUACAGAAAACCUGAUCUCUGAUGGCGCUGCAGACUAUAGAAGCAAAUCUCCAAUUGUUGAAUUGAAUCUAACCGCGACGACGGUGACUUGUGAGCCCAUCUAUGGAUUCUUGCCAUGCACAACUGAGCUUUGGGGUGAGCUUUUCUUGAUAGUGGUGUAUGAGUACUUGCUAUCCCUUGCAGAUCAAUAUGUUGCAGCUGGGUCUGAGCUCUUCUUCAAUAUGAUUGGGCCUGGUAUCUUUGGUGCUAGUGUGUUCCAGGUCCUUGGCACAAUUCCCGUAACAGUUUUGAUGCUUGUGUCCGGAAUUGUAGCAAGUGCAGAUACAGCUGAAGAACAAGCAGUAAUGAGUAUGGGGCUUCUAGCAGGAUCAGCAGUCAUGCUUCUCACUCUAAUUUGGGGAUCUUGUGUUGCUUUUGGCAACACUGAUCUUUCAAAAACUUUACCUUCAACAACCGAUACAGAAAUUAAGAAACCAUUCAGUUUUACAGGUUAUGGAGUUAGUACUGAUAUAGAAACUAGCUACACAGCAAGAAUCAUGAUUCUAUCCAUGCUCCCAUUUCUCAUUCUUCAAUUAGCCAAAAUUCUCAAUUCUUCCACUGGGGCACGUGUCACAAUCCUUGUUUCUCUCUUUGUUACUCUUGCUUUCAUAGUUGCUUACUGCUUCUAUCAGGUAUUCCAGCCAUGGAUUCAGAACAGGAGAUUUGAGUACUUGAUGAACAAAUAUGUGAAGAACAAGUUACUACAACUCCUCACCACCAAUGGCAGACCUAAUAUAGCUUUUAUGAAAGAGUUAUUUCAUCAAAUCGAUAAGGAUAAGAAUGCAUACAUAUCACAAGGGGAACUGAGAGUGCUGGUUCUAGGGAUUCAGUUAGAAGAAGUUGGUUUCAAUACAGAUGAAUUUGUAGAGAAGGUCAUCGCAGCAUUUGACACCUCUGGUGAUGCUCAGAUUGAUGAGCAGGAGUUUGUUAAAGGGUUGCUGAAAUACAUUUCUGAAUCUGAUGCUCGGCAAUCUGUUGGUACACAUCAUAAUGAUUUUAAGCUUUUUGGUUGCAGUGAUAAGAGUCCUAUGGAAGAACAACAGAGUCUGUUGACUGAAAGAACGAAGAGACAAAGCGCGAAAAAAUCAUGGUCAAAUCACUUUAAAGCUGCAUUCCUAUUGCUUCUUGGAACUGCAAUAACAGUCAUACUUGCAGAACCCCUCAUUGAAGCUAUUUCAGAUUUUGCGAGUGCUGCAAAUAUCUCUUCCUUCUAUGUCUCAUACAUUGUGAUUCCUUUGGCUUUGAAUUACAGACUUGGACUUUCAGCAAUAACUAGUUCCAGGCAGAAGACACAGAAGGCAAUCUCUUUAACAUUAUCUGAGAUAUAUGGUGCAGUGUUCAUGAACAACAUGAUGGGUUUAGCAACGUUUCUGGCACUCAUUUAUAUAAGGAAUCUCGCAUGGGAUGUCUCAGCUGAAGUUCUAGUUGUUCUAAUUAUUUGCACUGUGAUGGGCAUCUUCACUAGUCUCCGCACAAGUUUCCCACUGUGGACAAGUUUUGUGGCAUUUUUUCUCUACCCAAUAUCUAUACUGAUGCUUUAUGUUCUUACCACUGUCUGUGGAUGGUCUUAGACCAAGAAUUGUGGUAACAGAAGCAAAAAAUAUAAGUUGACAUUUAUCUUAUCAUCUUGUCAUUGUUGGAAUCAAUUUCUCUCUGCGAAACAAGUUUCUAAAAAACAUUUAGAACCUUUAUUCUCGUGUAAGUUGUAACCAGCGAUUUCGUUCUAGUCAAGAAAACUAUGUAUUCAGAUACAUUGACGUUCAAAAACUUGAAUCUCAAUGAUUUCAUGUUUUUAUUGUAUCAAUCUUCAAGAACAUCA